AUGGAGAAUAGUAAUAAUAUUAAGGGUUUGGUAUGGUUGAUGAUUUUCUCAUCGGCAAUACUAGUCUUGAUAUUCCCAGUCUCUGUAGGAGCCUCAUGGAGAUGCCUUGGAGCCACUGAAUACAAAUUCGUCAUAGAAAACCACUUCGGGGAAGCCUUUAUGCAGCAGCACUCACUGGAUGAUAUAGAGUUUUAUUGUCAUUCAGCGUCGUCGAACCCUUGGACACUUAGCCACCCGUCCAAGGACUUCAGAAGAAAACGCAUGUCGCUUUUCAAAUUGGUUGAGUUUGGUAUCUGCGGGGGGUGGUUGGAAGAUGCUCCGUCGUACAAUUGUUCUGCAUCCACCCAAGACGGCAGGUGGAGUACUAUUGACUUCCCGGUGCUUCGUCCAGAGUAUGCUUGUGUCAAGACCAAGCAGUUUUGUGAGUGGCACUUGCAUGACGAUCAUGCACUUCUCUACUCACCCACCCAAAACUCCUGGACUCGUUUCAAUUACAUUUAG